UAAUGUCAUAUUUGAAGUAUUUCAAAUUAUAAUAUUACUUGAAAUUUUACAAAACAAAAUUCAUUUCAUUUUCGAUUGCAAUAAGACGAAAAAAAAUUGAAUUUCAAAAUUAAUCCAAGUUGCACAAGAGCAAAAUGUGUGAACCGGCAACCAAGGAUCCCAUGUCCUUUUUAUAUUUAGAUCUAAUGGCAAAUCAUUUGUUACGCGACAUUGAAGAGGCGACAAAGGACUUUAAUGAUAAAAUGGUAUUCCUAAGGGAACAGGAAAGUAACAUUUUGGAAAAUGUUAAAAAUCUUAUUUCCAUUGAUGAGUUCUUGGAUUUACUCAGAAAGUGCGUAGUUAAAAUGGAAAUCGAAUUAAGUGACAAUGAGAAUGGAUUAAUUGAAGCAGAAAGAACUGUGGCACGUCUGGAAAGAUCGCUAACAGGUUGCGAAUCCCUAGAUGGUAAAUGGAUACCCCUACAACGUAGCACUUAUAAACAUCUCUUGAAAUUACUUUUAUCGGCCGAUCGAUCAUACGCUCAAUGCGCUUGUCUUAAGGAUGAGAUUGAAGAUUAUAAUCAAGAAUUGAUUGGAAAAGUGGCACCUGAAAAAAUGAUCGGCGAUAUAAUUGAUUACCAUAACAAAUCUUUGGAGUUGUUGGAGCGACAGAUUAGUGAAUUGGAAUCUCAAACGGAAGUCUUAAAGUUAAAUUUUGAUCAAAUUUCUAAGGAUAUGGAUAUCAGCAGUCUAAGCACAAAGCUCACUUGCCAAACUGGCCAAGAGAUCAUGGCCGAUAAAAAUAAGUUUCAAUUAUUUAAGAAAUAAUUUCGUAUACUUUUCGAUGUAACAAAAAUAUUGUAAUGAGAAAUUAUUAUACAAACAAAUGUAAAUGCAUGUUUCAUACUUGUAA